AAUAUGAUUGGUCGACGCUGAACCCGAAGUUUUCCUAUUGGUCGACAGACCGGUAUAAGCGAUGCUUUCACGGUAACCGGCUUCAGUUGUGUUGUUACUCACUCACUGUACACUUGGAGAAUAGUAUGUAUAAAGUACUUAACAACAAGGAAAUCAAACACGAGUGCUCGCAGUCGAGAGGACUGCACGCUUAUCCUGAUCACUUCAGGGAACCUAAAGAGUUUUAUCUCUAAAAAAACCCACUAUCCCAUUCAUGAACAUCUGAAGUUUCUUGUCCUCUGGUAGGACCACCUUGUAUAUAGUGUACAUAAGAUCGCUUGUCUAAUCAAAUCGGAGUUCAACACCGGACGAGUCGAAUUGCUACGAAGGAAAAUAAUUGAAGAGACGUCACGCGGGUUUGAAAAAAAAGAAGAAGAAAAAGAAAAAAGAACAAUAAAAGAAGAAAAUAAAGUGUAAACAAUCGCACAAUAAUCUUUGUCAUCGGCAACAAAGCACGCAAAGUAUCAACAAUUAAUUCGAUCGAUAUAUCACUUUUUUUCUCCCACACAUUUCCCUGCCUACUCUUCGAUAGAGUUCGAAAGAUAAAAGGUCAAAGAGAAUAAAAAAAAAAAAAAAAAAAAAAAGAAAGAAGAGACAAAAAGGAUAACAUCAUGAAGCAAGGAUCAUCGGAAGAUUUGAAUAUUGGUUUGAAGCUAUUGACAGCUGGCACUGCGGCUUGCAUUGCUGAUUUAGCUACGUUUCCUUUGGACACGGCCAAAGUCAGAAUGCAGAUCGCUGGCGAAGGACGAACUAUAUUGCUGGCAUCGACGGAAGGUCCGAUGCUAGCAAUGAGAGCGAGUCAGCCAGGACUUUUGGAGACAAUGGGGAACAUCGUCAGGGUUGAAGGAGCAAGGAGCCUGUACGGAGGUCUGUCCGCGGGACUCCAGAGACAGAUGUGUUUCGCCAGCGUACGGUUGGGCCUCUACGACAGCGUGAAGUCACUCUACGCUGGAAUCAUCGACGGAAAUAACAGGAGCGGUUCGAUGAACAUUGGUGUUCGUGUUAUGGCCGGUAUCACAACCGGUGCUUUGGCAGUGCUCUUUGCUCAACCGACUGACGUCGUUAAGGUUCGUCUUCAAGCCGGUAACAAUGGACGAUCAUCAGUAAGAUACAGCUCAACUCUUCAGGCUUAUAAAAAUAUUGCCAGUGUCGAAGGAACUCGAGGUCUUUGGAAAGGUACCAUGCCAAACAUCUCCCGGAACGUUAUUGUAAACGUUGCUGAGAUCGUUUGCUACGACAUCAUCAAGGACAUGAUCAUUGGCUCUGGUUAUCUUCGAGAUGGUAUCCCUUGUCAUUUAUCGGCCGCCACAGCUGCUGGACUUUGCACCACUCUAGCUGCUAGCCCAGUCGACGUCGUUAAAACUCGCUAUAUGAACAGCUCACCUGGCGAAUACAAGGGUGCAGUUGAAUGUGCAGUCAAAAUGUUCGUUCAGGAAGGGCCCGCUGCUUUUUACAAGGGUUUCGUCCCAAGCUUUACACGAUUGGUAUCAUGGAACAUCAUGCUUUGGGUCACCUACGAGCAAAUCAAGAAACAUGCGAAGAAAAUUUACGGCCACGAAUAAAUAAAUCGUCUUAUCUUGACAAAGACAAGACGAUUUAAUUUAAUCCUUUAAAAUAUCAUAAAAUUAUGAGAUUCGAGUCGAUUGCCAUUGAUGUGGAGAUUGAUAAUGUAGUUUGAAUUAUCGUUGUUUCUUGCACCACUUUCUGUGGUAUAUUCUCCUAUUAGCAUGAGUGUCAUUGUUCUUAUAGAAUUCGGCGUUGCUUCUUGUUCUAUAUCGACUCUCCACUAUCAAUUGACUAUCGUACUUUUUCUCUUGCUAAACUCAUCAUCCUAAUCUUCUUCACUUUAUUCUUAAUAUAAUUUCUUUGUUUAAAUAUAUACCGAUCGUACGUAAUGGAAUAUUUCAUAUGGUCAAAUUCAAAAUUAAUAUCAAUCGAAAAUUUAAUUGACUUCCUUGCGAAAUUAAUUAUAUAAUUCUUUCUUAUUUCGUUAGAAAAAUUGUUGUAUACUAUUAAAUGCUGAUAAAUACUAAAUUCCGUCAUUUUUUGCUCGCGAAAAUUCGAUCAGAAUAAUUUCUUUUUCGUUUAUUAUAUAUAUGCGUGUGUGUGUGUGGUUAAAUUACUAAAAUUGAAAUGAUUUUUAACAUAUUUAUUCGGACAUACGUACGAUCGUCGCAAAAUCUGUCGGAUUUUAGGCACUAAUAUAUGCAUAAAUUUUGGCUAUUGGUCGGCUUUAGAAAUUUCUAGGAAAAUUCAAGUGCCAGCGAAAGAUAGGAUUUAACGAUAAACGUUACACAUUGUUACGCGCCAUAAAGACAAUAAUAUUCUGUCAUUAUUUUGAUAUAUUUGCCAAUCCUAUCGUGACCGUGAAAUAUAGGAAUUUUCACGUUUGAAAAUUUCAGUCGUGUCGAUCGAUGAGUUCUUAAAAUGUCAUCGCGAACGAUCUAUUUUGUCUCUUAUUGAAUUAAGAAUAUGUAAAGCAAUCUAGUUUUCGUCAAUUAAUCUUCAUACAGGGGCACAAUUUUUCUUAGAUUCUCGAUCGUGGAUUUUCUAUAGUUCGAAUUCUAAAAGAUAAGUUAUCGACUAUUCGUCGUUGUCUAGUUUCCUACAUUAUCGAUCGAUAAUAAACUGCUUUAUCGAGUGUAAGUACAUAUGCAAAAAAAUAGAAGCGUUUAUCGAUUACAUAUUUAAUUGAGAUCAAUAACAUAUCUCUUUCUCAUUGGCGCGCAGUAUAUUUAAAUAUACAAAUAUUUUUUAUCGAUCGAGAUAAAGAAUUUCUUGAAAGUAUAAUAUUACAUAGUAUAUUGAUUUUAAUAUUUCGUAGUAUUUUUUAUCAUAUUGUUCAUUUAUUUAUUUUUUCUUUUUUUUUUUUUUUUUUUAAUAUCGAUUAAGUAUAGAUCGAAAAACCGUGCUUAUUGCUUUUUCCAAGCCAUUGAAGAUUUUCGUAGCGAUUGAUGAUUAUUUUCAUGAUUAGCGUUCGAUGACAAAGUAUAAAUCGAUUUUAGUAAGUCGAAAAAAAAAAGAAACGAAAACAAAAGAAAAAUUGCUACUUAUUUAAUUGCCACCUGCUUUAAACAAAUCUUAUCUUUAACGCCAAACAUUAUUUCUCUGAUCACGUAUAUUUAAUGAUAGAUCGCUGGCCGAACUAUCCUUUUUCUUCUGAGCGUAUGCAUGAAUUUGAAAAAAGAAGCACAAAAAAAGGAAAAAAGGAAGAAACUCUUCGAAUUCUUAUCUUACCUUUAGGUCGCUCGCUUUUAUUCGUGUAUAACUUGCCGUUUUUCGCAUUCUCGCAAAUCCGAUAUUCACGAAUAAUAUCUAUAGCGUGAUUAUUAGUAAUCAUUUUUCAAAAAUGUCCAUGUUUAAUAUUCUUUUUUUUUUUUAUAAAUCUCUAUUUAUAAAAAAUGUCUCUUUUGCAUGCACGUGUACGACAUAGCGCGCGUUAGAUAUAUAUACAUUUUUUUUUUAUUUUUUUUUUUUAUUAUCACUUUGGACGCGUAAUUAACGUGAGCACGAACAGGAAAAAAAAAAAGGAAAAAUAUAUCUAUAACUAUAUUAAUAAUAAUCGUUAUACCGUAGAGCACUAUCAUGUAUACCGCUUGUAUUAAAGCAAUUAACACAAUAAUAACCAGAAUUUGUUACACUUGGUAACAAGCGAGUGAUGUUCUCUGUAUAAUAUUCGUGCGAUCUUAUUCAUAUUAAGGCGAAUGAGAAACAAUUUAACCAAAAAAGAAAAGAAAAAAAAAACAAAAAAAAAACAAAUAAAAAAAAGAAAACAAAAAAUCCAAAAAAAAAAGAAAAGGGAAAUUAAACAAUUUUUUUCGGAAUGACGUUGAGUAUAUAACAACACACGAUUUAUUACCUAAAUAGAAUAGUCAUCGUUCCACGUAAUCCUAGGAUUCGACUUGACGUUUGGAUUCAUUUCAUGGUUUUUUGUUUUUUUCUUUAUUUUUCACUUAUAUUUCAUUUUAUUAUUAUUUUAUUAUUAUUAUUAUUAUUUUUUUUUUUUCUAUUAAAUUUAUCACAUGUAAGUAUCUGAUAGCGAGGUACAGCGAGAGAAUGCGAGAGUGCGAGCGAUCAUCUUCAUGUUAUUCUAGUACUCAAAGUAGAUUAGAUGUUUUAGCUAAUCGCAUGUACGUUAUCCAUUAUAUUUGAAAAUUCCUACCAAA